AAAAUAUUUUGUUAAUGUUUUAAAAUGUCUACUGCAACUAGCAAGUGGCGAACCUCGGCCAGUCUCAUCCUAGUCUCCAAAGAGGCCAACAAGCACCAAGAUUACAAUCUAUUGAUGCUCAAGCGCAGCGAUCCCACAGCAAUCGUAACGAAUCAAACUGUCUUCCCUGGGGGCCUGCUGGACAGCGAGGCGGAUGAAGGCGUUUCCUGGCUGCAGUAUUUCGAGGAGUUCGGUGUGCCACAGGAGUCCCUGAGGCGCCUGGUGCUGAUCCGGGAUGACAGGCCAGCUAUACUGGCGCCCCAGGGCACGGGCUGCUAUGACCGGUUCUUCAAGCGCUCGAAUAUUUGGUCGCGUGAGAUUACACUACGCCUGACCGCUUUGAGGGAGUGCUUUGAAGAGGUUGGAAUUCUCCUGGGUCGCAGUAAAAAUGAAUUGAACUUUGGUAAUAUUGCCUUGCCAAAGGAGCUCACAGAUCGGAAGGCUUGGCAGCGACGAGUGCACAACAAACCCAGCGAAUUUCUUAACCUGUGUCGGCAGCUACAGGUGGUUCCGGAUUUGUGGGCCCUACACGAAUGGUCGGCCUGGGCCAGUCCUUCCAUCGUCCGCAAAGGCUAUGAGACUGUCUUCUUCGCAGCUUUUGUGGACACACAGCCCAGCCUGCUUGAGGAGUCUUCUGAGGUCAAGGAGACUCUGUGGCUUACUCCUAUGGAGUUUCUGCGACUGAACAAAGGGGGGAAUCUCUGGUUUAUGCCCCCUCAAUUCUACGAGCUGGCGCGACUUGCUGGAGUCGGGACGUACAAAUCUCUUCUGGGCUUUGCCACAAAUCGCAGCAGGAUGGGUACCACCAUGUUCAUGCCUUUGCUCUAUGCUUGCGAGGGCUCUAUGGUGUAUGUCUUGCCUGGCGAUGACUACUACUUGCCAGAGCCGCAACAUGUCGAUGAGAUCAUCAGUUUUGCCGGCACCGUUGAUGAGUUUAGGGCGCGCUCAAAGAACUUGCAUCGGUACACUUUUGGGGCCUUGGUUCAAAAUCUGGAAAUUAACAUUCCCCCACCAAAUGGGCACUUGAGACCGCAGAGUGUCUCUAACGAGCGUCAAAAGCUUUAGCCACAUUCCACAGAUAGAUCCUGCUGGGCUGCCCGUCGAGGUGACCCCAGUAACCGCACCCCAUCUGCUUAGCUCUGAUAAGAUACUUAAUGUGACCUUUUAAACGGCGGGGCCUCAAAUCGUUAUGAAAUUAUUCUAAGCGGAUUUGGCUGGGUAACAAAAUAUCCAGUCCCUGCUCUGGACGGCAUUAAUUAUAAUUUUAUAGGCGACACUUUAAUUAAAAAACUCUAGUUUAGGUUCAA